UACCUGUUUGUGUACAUCUGCCUGUGCUCUCUACCUGGUAUAAAUAGCAUGAGAUGUGAACCUGCUGGUGAUUCUGUGGAAAAAACCAUGGCUGUACCAGGACCUCCUCUGUCUUGGCCUCUGCCUCUGUUGCUGCUGCUGCUGCUGUUGAGCAAGGCAUCCCGGCCUGCAGCUGCAUUCACUCUCAAUGCUGGACAGGAACCAGAGCACAAAAUCCUCCACCUGGAUUGGCCUCAGGACUGUGGUAUGGCCUACUUUAAGCCCAACAUGGCCGAGAGGAUUGUGUCUGGGAAUGAAGCCCGACCUCACUCCUGGCCCUGGCAAGUCUCUUUGCAGGUUCGUCCCAGAGGGAGCAAACAUUACGUUCAUGUCUGUGGAGGGACUCUCAUCCAUAAGAACUGGGUCCUUACAGCAGCUCACUGCUUCCAGAAGGGGAAAGCUGAGGAUGCUGGGAGCUGGAGGAUCGUGCUGGGGAAGCACCAGCUGAAGCGUUCUGAGACCGCAGAGAGGAUCUUCCCCGUCAAAAGGAUCUAUCGGCAUGAAAGCUUCCGCUACCCCACCCACAGUGAGCUGGACUACGACAUCGCCCUGGUGAAGGCCGGCACGGACAUCCCACCAUCAAACUUCAUCCGUUACGCCUGCCUGCCGCGCAAGCAGACCGGCCUCAGACCAGGACACUACUGCUGGGUCACGGGCUGGGGAGACACCCGCGGUGGGAAGGACAACGUCUCCCUGGCAGAAGCGUUGAAUCAAGCCCGUCUGCCAAUCAUCGACUUCAAAACCUGCCGGCAGAAGAAAUUCUGGGGUGACCGUGUCAGAGACUCUAUGAUCUGCGCCGGAUUCAGAGACACAGAGGACCCACCUGCUGCCUGCCAGGGCGACUCUGGGGGUCCUCUGCUCUGCCAGCUGGACCGAGACCGCUGGGAGGUGCAUGGAGUGGUGAGCUUCGGCCCCAUCGGCUGCACCGUUGAGAAUAAACCCAGCGUGUUCACCCGCACAGCCACCUACAUCCCAUGGAUUGAGGCGACUCGCAUCAGGGACUUUUUCCUGCACUGAACCAACUCAAAGUUUCCUCCUGUUCUGCAGAAGACACUUCCUGAUGUAAAUGCAGCUUCGCAAAAUCCCUUUUGUUACUCUUUGUAUUUAUCUGUCUGCAUCCCUUUGAGGUAUAAAAACAAUAUAAACAAAAAAGAAACA